CGUGCAUCUGGGCCCACUGUCGUCGUUUUCUGCCAGCAAGGGGGCCUGCCCUGCAAGAGCUCUCUCUCAGGACUGGCACAGCCGGUCUGGGGACAUGUCUGCCUGCUGCAGACCCACUACGGUGGUGUGCCUGCAGCAGCAGCCGUCGCGCAGGAGCCAGCCAACCAGCGGGGGCCGUGGCGUUGCGGUGUGGCACUCCGCCACCCCGCUCGCCGUGUGGCGAGGCCGCCUUGCAUUCCACAGCAGGGAGCAGCAGCAGUGGGGCCAUGGCCUGCAACCAUGCCGUGUGACGCCCUUUGACCAGGCCUGGGGCCCCGCAGUGGACCUCGACAGUCUGUGGGAUACGCUGCCUCAGAACCUGUUUGCUGUCAGCCUCUUCCCGUACAUUGGGUUCCUAUAUCACUUGCACUGCAGCAAACAGGCGCCGCCACUCACCCUCUUUGGCUUCUACUUCCUAUUGGUCUUUGUUUUUGCCACCAUCCCCGCUGGCAUCUACGCCAAGAAUUUCUACGGCGAGCCGCUUGCCAACGUGGACUGGCUACAUGGCUCCGCAGAGUUCCUGCUGACGCUGACAAACCUCUUUAUCGUGCUCGGACUGCGGGACGCCAUCCGCAAGGCAGAAGCAGCCAACGCAGCCAAGGCAGCAGCAGCGCAAGCGCCAGGCAGUGGCGAGGCAGUUAGCGAGAACCAGCCGGCUUCACCUCGGCAGUAGCAAUGUCUGCUGUUACUAGUGUACAUGCAUUUGUCAGCUGCAGUCAAAUAAACUGAAAAGGCUUUGU